AUGGGGCUCGAGGGUUAUAUCAGGGUUGAGGAUAUCUUCCUACGUUUUGUUGACAGGCCUGAUGAACUAAGAGGAGGGUAUUACGAACCUAAUCUAGAGAAGAUUAAUUCAGCUCUGGAAGCUGGAGUUUACCAGCAAUUCCUUACAAGCUCCAUUCAACGUAUACAAUUGUCAAAGGCCAAAUUGCUAGGCAACCAACCGGUUCCCGAAAGAACUGAAAAUAUCGAGGGAUCAACAGCUCUAAUGGAUGAUGCAACUUCUGUAACUGACACCUCCAUUGAAGGGAGCCACCAAAAUGGGAUCAACUCAAUGACCAACGAAGAUCAAAGUGGAACAAGUCAAUCUAAGGGACCUCAUCUAAGUCUUAGUUUUAUUGAAGCUCAAAGACAAUGGAAUAAAAUAAGCAAUGACAUGAAAGCUCCAAAUUUUGAUAACUAUUGA